GGUAAGCUUCGCCGGUUUAAAACUUUACUCGCAAAAAACCUAGCGUCGGAUAAGCCGACUCUACGAAUUUCAGAAAAUACCUGGCUGACUCUUUUACUACUUAGAGUCGGAUUGGCCGGCGCUAGAGUUUUUUAAAAUAAAUGUGAAAUCAAGACUGUCUAGCGUGCGACAGACCGACUCUACUACGACGUUAAUAGCGUCGGUGUCGGUGACCGACGCUAAUUUUGGAGGCUAAAUCUGUAUUUUCUAGUAGUGACUGACUCUAUUCCUUUUUCUUUGACCGACUUGUAAUUUUUUUUUUUUUUGUUCAGUUUAAACUUUAAAAGGAUUCUUAAUUUCUUAUCCUUCUUCCAGAUAACAAUGACGGACGGUUUAGCAUAGUUGAACCACUAGUACUUCCUCAAACAUAGUUAUUAUAUUUGUUGGAACAAAUACUGGAGCACUAGGCAUAAGCCAGUGGUUUGUGCUAGCAGACACACACUUUGUGAAAGAAAGUGAUUUGAGAGAGAUAAAAGAGAAGAGAGAAAGAGUAAAUCUUUAUUGAUUUAGAAGAAUGUUAUACAAGAGGUAGUUUAUAAGCAAUGUCUAACACUACUUAUAGGAAACUGAAAAACAAGGAAGUUAACUUGUUAGGUAACCAACUAACUACUAACUAACACAAGUUAAAAUUGGAAAUCCACUAGGCUAUUUUGACACAAAAAAAAUUUUGGAAAUUACGAUUAAGGAUAAAAAGUGUAAUUUUAACUAUUUUGUUUCCAUUCAUGAAAUUGGAAACAUUAGCAACUUGCUAUACUUUUCUGUAUAUGGGAAUAAUAUAAAUGGACCAAUACCUGCUACAUUCAAAGGGUUGAAAAAUCUUCAGGGAUUGGACCUUAGCAACAAUGGACUACAAGGAUCAUUUAUUGAGGAGCUUUGUAAAGUUGAGAGGUUGAGUGAGUUGUAUCUAGACAAUAAUAAGCUCUCUGGUGUUUUACCGACGUGUUUGGGAAAUAUGACUUCUCUUCAAAAGUUAUACAUAGGAUCUAAUAGUUUGAACUCUAGCAGCAUACCUUCCUCUCUUUGGAGUCUUAAAGAUAUAUUAGAAGUAAAUUUGUCCUCUAAUGCUUUCAUUGGUAAUCUUCCACUUGAGAUUGGAAACUUGAAAGCAAUUGUAAUAUUAGAUCUAUCAAGAAAUCAUAUUUCAGGCAACAUUCCUGCAACCAUCGGUUCUGUAAUAACUUUGCAGAAUCUCUCCUUAGCACAUAACAAACUGAUGGGAUCAAUUCCCGCAUCAUUGGAUCAAAUGGUAAGCUUGAUAUCCUUGGACUUGUCCCAAAAUAUGCUAACAGGUGUUAUUCCAAAAUCCUUAGAAUCACUUUUGUAUCUUCAAAACAUCAACUUGUCAUAUAAUAGAUUACAAGGAGAGAUUCCUGAUGGUGGACCAUUCAAAAAGUUCACAGCUCAGUCAUUUAAGCAUAAUGAAGCACUGUGUGGAAAUCCUCGCCUCCAAGUACCUCGGUGUGGUAAACAAGUUAAGAAAAGGUCAAUUUCAAAGAAGUUAUUACUCAAAUGCCUAAUUCCUAUACUUGUGUCGACCUUUUUGCUUGUUGCAUGCAUUAUACUUGUAAAACAUAAUAAAAGGAAAAAGGUUGAAAAUACUCCUGAAAGGGGUUUAUCAACUUUAGGAGCUCCAAGAAGAAUAUCCUAUUAUGAACUUGUGCAAGCAACUAAUGGAUUCAAUGAGAGUAACUUACUUGGAAAUGGGGGAUUUGGCUCUGUGUAUCAGGGGAAGCUUCCUGAUGGUGAGAUGAUCGCAGUUAAAGUAAUUGAUUUGCAGUCAGAGGCAAAAUCAAGGAGCUUUGAUGCAGAAUGCAAUGCAAUGAAAGAACUACGACAUCGAAAUCUGGUUAAGAUUAUCAGUAGUUGUUCAAAUCUUGAUUUCAAAUCAUUGGUGAUGGAGUUCAUGUCGAAUGGAAGUGUGGACAAAUGGUUAUAUUUGUUAGAAAUACGGUAUGAUAAUCCUGGAUAUCUUCGAAGAAUCGUGUUCGUUCACUUUCUGAACAAAGUAUUUCGACCCUAUUCUUGUCUGGGUUCACGAAAUCUUUGCGGGGAUAAUUCUCGAAGAGCAAUCUGUUUCUGA